AUCUCCAAAACCCUCAAUGGGCCGCGCCUCUUGCGUUUAUAGUGACGCGUAGUUUCCUAACUCGAGAGAGUAACCACUCCCCUCCCCCAAGUCUCUUACCGCUCUCCCCCAUCGCCACCACAUUUAUUACAACCCACCCCCCUUCCACCAAACCUAGGAUACAUACCUACGACAAUCCGAUAUCCUUAAUGUCCUGCCUUUCCCCACGUCCUACUCUCCUUACCAUAUGUUACGAUGCGAAAAGGAACCAAGGUCUUCAUACUCGUUAAUUUCGUCGUUAUUUGCCUUCUUGUGAAUGUCUUCAGCACACUUAUCGCCCUCCUCUUCGAAGAUGGAACUGUCCACGCCAUUCCAGCUGCCGAUAUCAUGAGGCCCAGCGAGGACCACACCGACCGCAAUGACAGACAAGUUAUCCCUCGAAUAAUACACCAGACCUAUGUCAACGACUCCAUUCCCGCGCAAUGGGUGCCCAGCCAGAGAUCGUGCAUCGACCUACACCCAGACUACGAGUACAAGCUCUGGACGGACACCCUCUCCCGCGAGUUCAUCCGCACGAAAUACCCCUGGUUCCUCGACACCUUCGACUCGUACCCCUUCCCCAUCCAGCGUGCCGAUGCCAUCCGCUACUUCAUCCUCGACCACUACGGCGGCAUCUACCUUGAUCUCGACGAUGGGUGCGUACGGCGUCUGGACGUGAUGCUCGAGUACCCAGCCUGGCUCCGACGCACGCUCCCCACGGGCAUCAGCAACGACGCCAUGGGCGCCAUCCCGCACCACCCCUUCUUCGAGCGCGUGAUCCAGAGCCUCGAGCGGUACGCAAACAACUAUGGCAUGCCCUACAUCACGGUGAUGUCGUCGACGGGCCCGCUCUUCCUCUCCAUCAUCUGGAAACAGUACAUGUCGGAGGAGCGUCCCGAGCAGGACCACGUGCGCGUGCUGAUGCCGCCCGAGUACCGCAACAACGCGUGGAGCAUCUUCUACAUAGCCAAAGGGAACAGCUGGCACGGCAAGGACGCGCAGACUAUCUUCUGGAUGGGCAAGCACUGGAUGCUGCUCACCUUCGGCGGGUUCGCAGUGGCGGGCGUGGUCUUCGCGGUCAUGUUCUAUGCAUGGACGGCGUGGAUCGGGACGAGCAAGAAGGACAAGAACGGCCCCGGUUAUAUACUGCUGCCGCGGCGAGAGUGUGUGGAUCGGAUGGCGUGAUGACAACUGUUGGAUAGAACAAGAGCAAGGAAGUCGCCGGCCACGCCAGACCGCGAGCCGCGACACGGCAAAGCUGGGUCGGCUUAUUUAUUGCCCACCAGCGGUUUUGGGGAGCGGAUGGGCGGCGCGCCUCUGGAACGCCAUGUCACACACGAUGUAUGUCUAUAACGACGAAUUGCUCUUCAGCGGCCACAGAAUCAAAAGCACCAACGCGUGCUGCCGUGAAGGGAAAGACUGCAUCGACGGUGCUGCCACGAAUGCUGGCCGGGGCAUCUCCAGUGUCCGAUUGGUUUGGGAAUUAUGUACAUUGGGCGUUCAACGGAGCGGGGGGUUUAUCAGCGGAUAGAAUUGUAAAUACACAUACAUGUAAGACUAGUCUUUUCUUCACCUUCAGACUCGGGGGUUUUCUCCGGAGCGCAGCGCCUCGAAGUGGCUGUCUCGUUGCAAGGAGCACGGUCGGAUUAAUGGUGGGAUGGUAAUAGAGGACGCUGGGUUCCUCGUAUAACUGGAGUAGAAUCCUAAUACUGAUAUCUACACUUCAAUUUUUUCAUGCUGUGACCUUUUUUGAAACAAACUUGUCUCAGGCCACGAAGACAGGCCUUGGAUAUCCCUUGGGACACCGAUCCCCACAGCAGCUCCUACCCAGCAAACCCGAUACUCUCAACCCAACCAAAGCAUCCCUAGCACGUCAAUUCUCAGACCUAAAUCCGUGUCCUCCAUCACCACCACUACAACCACAACAGCCUAAUCCCGUGACAAUCACGUGACCCUUCUAACCAAGCCUCCCCCAGCUCCACAGCCUCCCCAGCGUCAUCACCACCCUGACCCUCC